AGGGGAAGAGAGAGAGAGAGGGAGACAGAGCGAGAGACAGAGAGAGAGAGAACGACCCCGGUGGAGGACUGCUACUCCUCGGCUCUGCCAUCCCCAACGGGCGCACACGGCGGGAUCCCACGCGCAGUCGCGCCCCCUUGACGACGCCAGCCUGCUUUGUGUGUGUCUUCUCCAGCACGUUGCUCUGCGCCCACCGGCGGCACACUGCCCACCCACACACGCUUUGGGUCAAAGUAACAAGGAUAAAUGCCUUUUCCAGCCAGAGUGGGCAGCCUGCAAAGAAGAAGCGGAAGCCUUCCAGGAUGUCCUGGUUCAGUGGGAUCCUAGUGCCCAAAGUGGACGAGCGUAAAACAGCCUGGGGGGAGCGCAAUGGCAAGAAGUCCAAGAGGAAGCGGGCCUCGUCCUUGUGCGGCCCCCGCUACAUGAGCUGUCUGCACGACCUAGAGGCCAUGGACGAGCCGGCCCCUCCGGCCCAGCAGCCCCUCCGCGGCCGUCCCGCAGGGGGCAACCUGGGCUUGCGAUGCGGUUGGCAGGAGGACCACUAUGGCAAGAGCAGCACCUCGGGCGCCGUGGACGUGGGGCUCAAGUCGGUGGACCUGGGCUUUGAGGACGGGGAGCUGAAGGCCGGCAAGGGUGGCGAGGAGCAGGAGGAGGACGGCGGGCCGGUGACGGCGGCCGAGUGCUGGCAGCGGGUGCUGCGGGUGUUCCAGUCCAAGAAGUUCCAGUCGGCCAAGCUGGAGCGCCUCUACCAGCGCUACUUUUUUCGCCUUAAUCAGAGCAGCCUGACCAUGCUCAUGGGAGUGCUGGUCAUCGUCUGCGGAGUCAUGCUUGCCUUUCACUGCGUCCAUGGGGCGCUGGACAAGACCUACAUCUCGGUCCUGGCCGUGGCCAUGCUGCUGUUCCUGGGCCUCAUGGGCUUCUGUAACCGCAACAGCUUCCAUCAGGAUUACAUGUGGAUUGUCAGCUACCUGGUGAUCGCCAUGCUGUUUGUGGUGCAGGUCCUCGGGGUGCUCAUGGUGGCCCCCCGGACCGCCUCUGAGGGCAUCUGGUGGUCCGUCUUCUUCAUCUACAUCAUCUACACGCUGCUGCCUGUGCGCAUGAGAGCGGCGGUGCUCAGCGGGAUCGUGCUGUCCUCCAUCCACCUGGCCAUGUCCUGGAGCCUCAACCUAGGUGACCCUCACCUCUGGGAGCAGUUGACUGCCAACAUCCUCAUUUUUUUGUGCAGUAACAUCAUUGGCAUCUGCACCCACUACCCAGCUGAGGUGUCCCAGCGCCAAGCCUUCCAGGAGACGCGUGGCUACAUCCAAGCACGACUACACCUGCAGCGAGAAAACCAGCAGCAGGAGCGCCUGCUGCUGUCGGUGCUGCCAAGGCAUGUUGCCUUGGAAAUGAAGGCAGACAUCAAAGCCAAGAAGGAAGACAUGAUGUUUCACAAGAUCUACAUCCAAAAACACGACAACGUCAGCAUCCUGUUUGCCGACAUCGAGGGCUUCACCAGCUUGGCCUCCCAGUGCACCGCCCAGGAACUCGUCAUGACCCUCAAUGAGCUGUUUGCCCGCUUUGACAAGUUGGCCUCGGAGAACCACUGCCUGAGAAUCAAGAUUCUGGGCGACUGCUACUACUGUGUGUCGGGCCUGCCAGAGCCGCGGGCGGACCAUGCCCACUGCUGCGUGGAGAUGGGGGUGGACAUGAUUGAGGCCAUCUCGCUCGUGAGGGAAGUGACGGGCGUCAACGUGAACAUGCGGGUUGGCAUCCACAGUGGGCGCGUCCACUGCGGCGUCCUGGGGCUGCGCAAGUGGCAGUUUGACGUCUGGUCCAAUGAUGUCACGUUGGCCAAUCAGAUGGAGGCGGGCGGCAAGGCCGGGCGCAUCCACAUCACCAAGGCCACCCUGCAGUACCUGAACGGCGACUACGAGGUGGAGCCCGGCUUCGGAGGGGACAGGAACGCCUACCUGAAGGAGCACAGCAUCGAGACCUUCCUCAUCAUCGGCUGCAGCCAGAAGAGGAAAGAAGAAAAGGCCAUGAUGGCAAAGAUGCAACGGACUCGGGCAAACUCCAAUGAGGGUCUUGUGCCACGCUGGGUACCCGAGCGCUCCUUUCCUCGCACCAAGGACUCCAAAGUCUUCAGGCAGAUGGGCAUUGAUGAGACAUCCAGCAAAGACAACCGCUGCACCCAGGAGGCACUCAAUCCCGAGGAUGAGGUGGACGAGUUCCUUGGGCGGGCCAUCGAUGCCAGGAGUAUUGACCAGCUGCGCAAGGACCACGUCAAAAAGUUCCUGCUGACCUUUCAGACCCCUGACCUGGAGAGGAAGUACUCCAAGAAGGUGGACGAUCGAUUCGGAGGAUACGUGGCCUGUGCCCUUCUUGUCUUCUUCUUCAUCGCCCUCAUCCAGGUGGUCAUUUUUCCACACUCCCUGCUCAUGUUGGGUGUCUACGUCAGCAUCUUUGUAGUCCUCGCCAACAUCCUGUUUGUGUGUGCCAUCUACUCGUGUGUGCGGGUCUUUCCCACCAUACUGCAGAGCAUCUCCAAGAAGAUCGUUCAGUCUCGGACAAACAGCACCCUUGUGGGGGUCUUCACCAUCCUUCUUGUAUUCAUCUCGGCUUUCGUCAACAUGUUUGCCUGCAGCACGGAGCUCCUCCAGGACUGCACUGCCCGCAGUCUCAACAUCACGCCAAGCUUGGUCACCGUGUGUCACAUCAAGAACCUGAGCGCCUCCCUGACCAAUGACAGUUGGCCGUGCAGCGACGAGUGGCCCGCUUGUACCUUUCCUGAGUACUUCAACUACAGUGUGCUGCUGACGCUGCUCGCCUGCUCCGUGUUCCUGCAGAUCAGCAGCAUCGAGAAGCUCAUCCUCAUGCUGUUCAUCCAGGUGGCCUACGUGAUCAUCGUGGAGUGGCCAGCUGUGACACUCUUUGACAACUACGACCUAUUUGUCACUGCCAAUGCCAAUUCCACGCCGCCCUUGAAUGGCACGUCGGCUUGCUCGGUGACCAACACAAAGGUGGCCCUCAAGUACAUGACCCCCGUAAUCCUCACCGUCUUCGUCUUAGCACUGUACCUUCAUGCCCAGCAAGUGGAGUCAACGGCCCGACUGGACUUUCUCUGGAAGCUGCAGGCCACCGAUGAGAAGGAGGACAUGGAGAAGUUCCAGGCCUACAACAGGCGCCUCCUCCACAAUAUCCUGCCCAAAGACGUGGCCGCCCACUUCCUGGCACGAGAGCGGAGGAACGACGAGCUCUACUACCAGUCCUGCGAGUGCGUGGCUGUCAUGUUCGCCUCCAUCAGCAACUUCUCUGAGUUCUACGUGGAGCUGGAGGCCAACAACGAGGGCGUGGAGUGCCUGAGGCUCCUCAAUGAGAUCAUCGCCGACUUUGACGAGAUCAUCAGUGAGGAGAAGUUCAGGCAGUUGGAGAAGAUCAAGACGAUUGGCAGCACAUACAUGGCCGCGUCGGGCCUCAACGACUCCACGUACGACAAAGAGGGCAAGACGCACAUCACGGCACUUGCCGACUACGCCAUGAGACUCAUGGAGCAGAUGAAGUACAUCAACGAGCACUCGUUUAACAACUUCCAGAUGAAGAUUGGCUUGAACAUUGGCCCAGUGGUCGCCGGAGUGAUUGGUGCCAGGAAGCCCCAGUACGACAUCUGGGGAAACACUGUGAACGUGGCCAGUCGGAUGGACAGCACCGGUGUCCCUGACCGCAUACAGGUCACCACGGACAUGUACCAGGUCUUGAGUGCCAAGGGCUACCAGCUGGAGUGCCGAGGAGUGGUGAAGGUCAAAGGCAAAGGAGAAAUGAUGACGUACUUCCUGAACGACGGCCCUCACAGCAGUUAGCGAGACGCCAGCAGGUGCCCAGACACCACUUGAACCCGAGCCUUGCCGACGAGUGGAAAAAGGAAAAAAAAAUUUUAAAAAAGUUCAAAUUUUAAAAUAAAAUUCAAAAGACAACAAAAAAGAUGGAGGAACAAAGGAUGCCAGUGGCUUGCACCAGCGAGGGCCGCUCGAAUGACAGACAGCGCGGCGGGACGGACCCUCUGACCAAAGACGACGACGAUGACGAAACGGCAGGGGGCGGGACCGUCGCCGAGGCCCCGCCCCCGCCUUGCCUUUAACGCUUUUUCUGUUCCCGUGUGCAGGCGGCGUGGAGACCACUUUGCGUGUUUGUACGUUCUUGACUCUUCAAAUCUGUAUUUUUGGUACAAGAAAAAAUUAUUCAGAAAAAGAAAAAAAUGAAAAAAAAUAACAAAAAAAACAAAACAAAAAAAAAAAAAAACAAACAAAA